GUAAAAAUAAAACUAAAAACAGAUCACAGGAAAAAAGGAGAAGCAAAUUGAAAAUCAAACACUGGGUAAAAAUUAAAAAAUAAAAAUCAAACAUACACAGUUCACAUAAUAUAAUAAUCAAACAUUCUACAAAACAAAAAUACAAUAAUAAUCAAACCAAAUCAGAAAAUUACGUAAGUAGUACUAUUUUUCAUUUCAUCAGCCGCCAGAGCCACACCUUGUUGUUUGUACUGUCAUUGCUGUUCUGUUCUGUUCCUCAAUCAUUCAUCAAUGGCUUCUUCUCUUGUUCCUUCACCAUCUACCUCCUUCUUCCACACCACCAAGAAAGAUCUGAAUCUCUCUUCUUUCUCUUCAUCUUCUCAGAGAUGUCACAAACAUGCUUCCAGGAAGAUUUAUUGUUCUGUUGCGGCUCCUCAGCAAACACAGCGCACACCUUCUACCACUGGAUCAGUGAAAACAGCUAUGACUAUGACUGAGAAGAUAAUGGCUAGAGCUUCUGAGAAGCAACAGGUCAGACCAGGGGAUAAUAUUUGGACCAAUGUUGAUAUUUUGAUGACUCAUGAUGUUUGUGGUCCUGGUUCAAUUGGGAUUUUUAAGAAGGAGUUUGGUGAGGAUGCUAAGGUUUGGGACCGUGAAAAGGUUGUGAUAAUACCUGACCACUAUAUAUUCACAAGUGAUGAACGUGCCAAUCGCAAUGUAGACAUACUCAGGGAUUUCUGCAACGAGCAAGAUAUCAAGUACUUUUAUGAUAUCAAGGAUCUUAGUAAUUUUAAGGCAAAUCCAGAUUACAAAGGUGUUUGUCACAUCGCUCUUGCUCAGGAAGGUCAUUGCAGGCCAGGAGAGGUUCUCUUGGGCACCGAUUCUCACACUUGUACUGCUGGUGCAUUUGGUCAAUUUGCAACAGGGAUUGGUAAUACUGAUGCCGGCUUUGUGUUGGGAGCAGGGAAGCUUUUGCUUAAGGUGCCUCCAACUCUGAGAUUUGUAAUGGAUGGAGAAAUGCCCGAUUAUUUACUUGCAAAGGAUUUGAUUUUGCAAAUUAUUGGUGAAAUAACUGUGGCUGGUGCAACUUACAAGUCUAUGGAGUUUGUUGGCUCAACUGUUGAAAGUUUAAAUAUGGAAGAACGAAUGACAUUGUGCAACAUGGUUGUUGAAGCUGGUGGAAAGAAUGGUGUUAUUCCUCCUGACAGCGUUACAUAUAAAUACCUCGAGGGCAAGACAUCUGUGCCAUAUGAAUCAGUUUAUAGUGACCAGCAAGCAAGAUUUCUUUCCGAGUAUAGAUUUGAUGUUACAAAAUUGGAGCCACUUGUGGCCAAGCCUCAUUCACCGGAUAACCGUGCUUUGGCAAGAGAGUGCAAGGAUGUGAAAAUUAACAGAGUAUACAUAGGAUCUUGUACGGGUGGAAAAACAGAAGAUUUCAUGGCUGCCGCGAAAGUUUUUCUAGCAUCAGGUGGUAAAAAGGUCAAAGUUCCCACAUUUCUUGUCCCUGCAACACAGAAGGUAUGGAUGGACGUAUACAGUCUCCCUGUCCCUGGAUCUGGUGGUAAGACUUGCUCACAGAUAUUUGAAGAAGCUGGUUGUGACACACCUGCUAGUCCUAGUUGUGGUGCUUGUUUGGGUGGCCCAAAAGAUACCUAUGCUCGCAUGAACGAACCUCAGGUUUGUGUUUCAACUACAAAUAGAAACUUUCCGGGGCGAAUGGGCCACAGGGAAGGUGAAAUAUAUUUGGCUUCUCCAUAUACAGCUGCAGCAUCUGCAUUGACCGGUUAUGUUACUGAUCCAAGAGAGUUCUUGCAGUAAGAUAUAUUAUCCCGGAAAAGGAUCCUCUCCUGCUCAACAUAUUCUGCCAUCUAUUAUGCUCUUAAUCUAAUGGCUGACUGAUUUUAAAGAGAAAAAUUAAAAACAAAAAAGCUGUCAUGUAGUGAGAUUAAUGGCUGAGAUGACAGCGAGACAAUCGGUAGCAGAGGUUCCGCAUUAGAGGAUCCGGAUCCAUAUUAUUCCAUUGUAUUUUAUAGUAUUGUAUACAUUGGUUAGUUUUGUAUUCUCUAGCCAAACUUAGAACUGUAAGCUAUUAAAUAAAGUUUAACCCGGUAUUUGUUUUCAGUGAAGAAAUUGUGACUGAUAAUGAAUUGAUUCUUAGUUUUAGUAACUAAAACAAUAUUGGUUUUUUAGUA